CGGAACGGGUAUUAAAUAUCCCGAAAUAUUCCAGACAUAUCUUACGAGGGAGUGUUUCGUCUAAGAUUUAUACAAGAAAUCCUUGAAUAUUUGGUCUUGUUUCCCUUAUUUUGAGCACUUUGUGAUACGCCGUUGAACGUCGAACACGAACAGGGGACAUCGGAUAAGUUUUAAACUUUGAACAUGGCUACCCUUUCACUGAAGGUCAAUUUAGUGAAACAAAAGACCAUUAAAACAUUACAGUUUGAACCAACCCUAUUAGUCCAAGAUGCGUUAAGGAUUAUUGAUGAAAAAGUGCCCCAGGCUACUGAAGGAGAAAGAACAAAUUAUGGCUUAUUCUUGGAAGAGGAAAAUGAGAGGGGUCGUUGGUUGGAGCCGUCAAGACAACUUAACUUCUAUCCACUUGCAAGUGGGGAUAUGGUACAAUACAAAAGCAAGAUUCGUCUCCUGAAGGUUUACACAAUGGAUGGUGCUGUCAAGACAGUGCAGAUUGAUGACAGUAAAACAGUUGGUGAUAUUCUACAGUCUGUGUGUACAAAGAUGGGUGUUGGAAAUGCAGAAGAGUUUUCUUUGGUGCUGUAUGAGGACACUCUGGAGGAGGAAGAGAUGAAAACUGCCACUUUGAACAGAGGGACUUUGAAAAAAGACAAAGCAGGAACAGGAGGACAUCAUUCAGCCAAGGAUGUGACUAUGAAAAAAAUUGAAGAAAGAGAUCGAAGAAAGAUGGAUGAAAUGAAGAAGAAGCUUCACACUGAUGAUGAAGUUGAGUGGCUUGAUCUUGACAAAACAUUGCGUGAACAAGGAAUUGAUGACAGUCAUUCGCUGCUCUUAAAAAGAAAGUUCUUCUAUUCUGAUCAAAAUGUUGAUAUCAAAGAUCCUGUACAACUUAACCUUCUGUAUAUGCAGUGUCGUGACGGAAUCAUCAAAGGAAGCCAUCCUUGCACCCAAGAGGAAGCAGCUCAGCUUGGAGCAUUGCAAAUUCAACUGCAAUUUGGUGAUUACUCCGAGCAAUUCUAUAAAUCAGGAAAAAUUGAAAUUAAAGAAAUGCUGCCUAAGGAAUAUGGAAAGUCAAAGGGAAUUGACAAGAAAAUCAAAGAAGAACAUAAGAAAUGUCAUGGACUUGAUGAGCUCCAAGCCAAGUUUAGAUAUGUGCAAUUAUGUCGGAGUUUGAAGACUUAUGGUGUCACAUUCUUCUUAGUAAAGGAAAAGAUGAAAGGAAAGAACAAACUUGUUCCACGUUUGCUGGGAAUAACUAAAGAAAGUGUCCUGAGACUUGAUGAAAAAACAAAAGAGAUCUUGAAAACGUGGCCUCUUACCACAGUGAGAAGAUGGGCUGCUUCACCAAACAGCUUCACACUGGAUUUUGGUGAUUACACUGAGUCUUAUUAUUCAGUCCAAACUGUUGAAGGAGAGAAAAUAUCCCAGCUCAUUGCUGGUUAUAUUGAUAUUAUUCUUAAGAAGAAACGUGGAACGGAGGGAUUUGAUAUGGAUGCUGAUGAAGAAUCAACUAUGUUGGAAGACUCUGUAACUCCUUCCAAGGGUACAAUACUUGAGAGACAAAGUAACAAGAUAGGACAUGCUGAGCCAGGUUCAGUUGCCUUGCCUGGAAUCAUGCGAGCUGGUGGGCCUGGAGCAACCCAGUUUGAUGUAGGUCAGAUGCAGGCACCACAAUAUGGCACAAAGUCAGGUCAAGCUAUGUCAGGUCAUCAAGCACCUAUGACUGGUGGAACUCAACCAAAGAUCCAUAAACCUGGAAACGCCCAACAAGCGUUCUUUGGACACGUGAGUCAGGGAUUGACCUCGGUCAGGUCUGCGCGUGACGAGAUGGAGAAAUCCGCUGACCUGCCUCCGCUAGGGGAGGAUCCGCAAUCACUCAAGUGGAAACAAAAUCAUCUGGAUGCAAACAGACAAAAUGUUUCCAACCGUCUCGCAGCUCUUUCUGCUUCGACAGCAUCAAUUGUCACCUUAACAUCAGGUGAACCAGAUGAAUCCAGUUACAACAAGGCGAGCGCAGCUGUUGAUACAAUUUCAUCCAAUCUUGAGGAGUUAACGAAAGGUAUUCAAAUGAUCGCUGCGUUAAUGGAUGAUGAAGACGAUGGAAACAAGCUUCAAGAUGCCGCGAAGAAUCUUGCUGAUGCUUUUGCUAACCUACUCAAAGCCGCUCACGGAAGUCCAGGAGCACCUGACAAUCAAAACCGUCAGAAGCUGCUGGAGGCUGCUGGUGAUGUUGGUACUGCUGGCGCGAAUGUCCUGAACUCGAUGGGUGGUGAGCAAGAAGUGGAGUCAGGAAUUCAGGAAAUGUUGUUAGCUCUUGCUCAGGCUGUUGCGAACGCCACGGCCGCCUUGGUUUUGAAAGCGAAAGCCAUUGCCAGCAAGUGUGAUGAUGUGACACUUCAGAGCCAGGUGAUUGGCUCAGCUAAAGAUACUGCCAUGACAACGUCGCAACUGGUGGCGUGUACGAAAGUCUUGGCGCCGUCCAUCAACAGUCAGCUUUGCAAAGAUCAGGUUGUUGAGGCAGCCAAGCUGGUGUCGAAAGCUGUCGAGGGAACUGAAGGUGCUUGCAAGGACGCCUCGUCUGAUCCGAACCUAUUGAACGACUUAGCCAAUGCCGCCAAAGGUGUCCGUGAUGCAUUGAACAACCUACUAAAUAAAGUACAAGAGGGAUCACCAAAUGAUCGUAACGUGGGCCCAUAUGAUGACGCGUGUGAUGAUAUUCUUAAAGCCACUGACCGCAUGUUUAACAGUAUGGGUAAUGCUGGAGAGAUGGUGAAGCAAGCUAAAGUAUUAGCACAGGCAAUGUCCUUCCUUGUGAACGGUAUCAAAGCUCAAGCAGAGGGCGAAGAAGACGCUGAUUUACAGAAACGGCUUUUAGCUGCAGCCAAGAACCUCGCUGAUGCCACAGCAAAGAUGGUUGAGGCAGCCAAGGGUGCUGCAAGGAAUCCUAAUGAUGCUAAGGAACAACAGAAGUUACGUGAAGCAGCACAUGAUAUUCGUCUGGCCACAGAUGCCGCUGCGAAUAAUGCUUUGAAAAAGAAAUUGAUAAAACGAUUAGAGGACGCCGCAAAACAGGCCUCAGCCAUGUCAACUCAACUCCUCACUGCCGCUGACCACACAUCUCAAGCCAACCGUAAUCCGACCUCACAACAAAUGCUUCAAGAUCAACUGAAGCCUGUGGAAGAACAUGUGGAAAAACUCAACCAAACUAUUCAAGACAGCAUGAACAAUCCUAAUAAUCCAACUACACAGUUGAACUUGAUAAACACUUCAAAAGAUUUUAUUCCGCCUGGUACAAAACUCGUAGCUGCAGCCAAAGCAGCCUUACCAACCAUAGGAGAUCCUGUAGCAAGCACACAACUGGGUUCCUUCGCCAAAGGAACUGCAGCAGCAUUAGCUGAGCUCAGAGACGCCGCGAACAAGGCAUCUGAGGCUUGCGGGUCAAUUGAGAUUGAUAGCGCACUGGAAGGUGUGAGAUCGUUGGCUAAUGAUUUGGAGGCUCUGGAAAAAUCUGCUGAUGAAGGAAAGCUUCUGCCAUUACCUGGCGAAUCAUUGGAAAGCAGUUCAUUAGAUCUUGGUGCAACAUCAAAAACAGUUGGAUCUUCCAUGGCUCAGUUGCUCACAGCUGCCGCUCAGGCAAACGAGAAUUACACAGGCAUCGCAGCCCGAGACACCGCGAAUGCCCUCCGAGUGCUUACCGAUGCAGUACGAGGAGUCGCCGCCGCACUGGAAGACCGUGAUGAUCAAAAGAAUAUUAUCAAGGCCGCACAAGAAGUGAUGAGAGCUUCUGCAAAGUUGCUGGAGGAAGCGAAGAAAGCAACCAAUAACCCUAAUGAUCCUGACAAUCCCCAGAGACUAGGACAGGUGGCGAAAGAUGUUUCUCAGUCGUUGAAGAACUGUAUCAACUGUCUUCCUGGCCAGAAAGAUGUUGACGAAGCAAUCCAACGUGUCUCUAAAGCCAGUGAACUUCUUGCUGCUGAAGAUUUCCCGCCAAGUGAUGAAAGUUACCAGAAACUCCAAGAUAAAGUGAAUGAAUCUGGAGCUCUAUUAAACCUCGCCGCAAGUGAUCUUGUGCAAGCUUCACGUGGUACACCAAACGAGCUUGCCGUCUCCUCUCAGAAAUACUCCAAGUCGUUUGAGAAUCUCAUGAAUCCCGGCAUGCAACUGGCUGGACAGACUACGGACGAGGACACGAAGUCAGCUUUAGUUCGAAGCUUGAAGAACACGUCAACGGCAUCGAGCAAACUUCUUCUUGCCGCCAAAUCUCUCGCCGCUGAUCCAAACGCUCCUAAUUCUAAGAAUCUUCUAGCUGGAGCUGCAAGGGCUGUUACAGACAGUAUUAACAACUUAUUAAACACAGCAAUGACGGCCGCUCCUGGCCAGAAAGAAUGUGAAAGUGCACUUAGAAAUAUCCAGGCCGUGUCGAAUCUCCUGGAGAAUCCUGUUGAACCAGUUAAUGAUUAUUCAUUCUUUGACUGCCUCGAUUCUGUGAGUGAGAAUUCAAAAGCAUUGCGGGAUGGUAUGACGGAUGUUUCUGGUAACGCCAAGAAAGGCGAUAUGCCUGCUUUUGAUGACGCCAUCAAGAAAGUUGCUGAUGCUGUUAUUAAACUUACUGAGGCCGCUUCUCAGGCUGCGUACCUCGUCGCUAUUUCGGAUCCUUCAAGUGUCGCUGGUAAACCAGGAUUGGUUGAUCCCAAUCAAUUCCUUCGAGCACGACAUGACAUUCAGCAAGCUUGCGAUGAUUUGCUCAAUCCAGCCAGCACUCAACAACAGAUAUUACAGUCGGCCACAGCGGUUGCCAAACAUACUUCAAAUCUUUGCAACGUAUGUAAAGCAGCUUCUGCAAAAACUAACAAUCCUGUGGCAAAGAAACAUUUCGUCCAAGCAGCCAAAGAUAUCGCGAACAACACAGCGAACCUGGUCAAAUCCAUCAAGGUUUUAGCAAAGGAACCAAACAGCGACAACCGCAAGGAUUGUGCCCAACACAUUGUUCCGUUGAUAGACAGCGUCGAUGAUCUCAAUACAUACGCAUCAUCACCUGAAUUCGCCGCUGUUCCCGCCAAAAUCAGCGAGGAAGCUCGUUCAACCCAAGUUCCAAUCAUAAUGUCUGGACGAUCGUUGGUAACCUCAAGCAGUAAUUAUCUCAACUCAGCAAAUGCUUUAGGAAUGGAUCGUAACGAUGCUUCACGAUGGCCGCUCUUUAACCAACAUGGCAAAGCCUUGGCUGAUGCUAUGAAACGUUUACUACAAACUAUCAAGGACAGUGCUCCAGGUCAGAGGGAGUGUGAAGAAGCUAUUGAGAACAUCAAUCGUACCAUAAACAAACUUGACCAGGCUUCGUUGGCUGCCAUUGGACAGAACCUUGAACCAGUCCCUGAAGGAACUCUAAAGGAAUUCCAGGAUCGUAUGUUACAAAGUGUCGCUCAAAUCCGGGAUGCCAUUGAUCCUCUCGCCAGCGCUGCUAAAGAUACGCCCGAGAGUAUUGGCCAUAGGGUUGCUAAACUCGCCAAUUUCAUCGAACCAGUGGCGGAGGCUGCCAUCAGCGCUGCCUCAAAGAUGCCCCAUUCGAAGAAACAGACAGAUCUACUCGAUCAGACGAAAACUGUGGCAGAGUCCGCAACCGAACUGCUUUAUGCCGUUAAAGAUGCAGGUGGCAAUCCCAAGAGUGCAAACACUCACCCUGUCGUGGACGACACUGCUAAUGAUAUGAAAGAUGCUGUAAAAGAUCUCACUGAUACUUUGGAGGAAGCCGCAAGCGAAACUGGAGCUGUCACUGGUCUUGUUGAGUCCAUUAGCAAGGCAAUGAACGAGUUUGAGCAGAAUACAGCCAAUGUAUGGAUGCAGCCUAAUGCUCGCGGAAAAACGGCGUUACAAGGUGCUCCACCUGAUGUUGAGGAAACCAAACCAUUUGUUCACUACCAAGAGAAAAUGACCAAAACAAUGAAAGAUCUAUCUCGCAAAGGACAGGAGAUGGUUGGUCGCGCAGGAACAGAUCCUAACCAACUCGGUCCCUUGGGUAAAGAUGUCACUCGUCUCUACAACGCGCUCACUAAAGACGCUCAGGGAGCCAUCCAGACUGCGUCAAGUCCUGAGGUGGCUGAGAGAGUGAGGACUGGUGUUCAAGCCCUUGGAGCUUCGUGCAUGAAACUCGUCCAAAAUGGCGGCGAUGUCCAAGCUAACCCUCGGGAUCCGAUCUCAAUGCGAGACCUUGCCGACGCUGCCCGAAAGGUCGCAGAAAAGAUAUCUCACAUUCUAGCCGCACUCCAGUCUGGCUCACGUGGUACCCAGGCUUGUAUCAACGCCGCAACGACCAUCAAAGGAAUCGUGAGUGACCUGGACACGACAGUGAUGUUUGCCACUGCCGGAACUUUGAACCCGGAGACGGAUGGCGAGAAAUUCACUGACCAUAGGGAGGAAAUUCUUACGAAUGCUAAAGCUUUGGUGGAAGAUACGAAAGCUCUGGUUCCUGCGGCACAGGCAUCCCAAGAUGUGUUGGCAAAUGCAGCGCAGUCUGCCGUCACGAGCAUCAAUAAGUUAUCAGACGUUGUGAAACUAGGCGCUGCUGCACUUGGGUCUGAUGAUACGAACGCACAAGUCAUGUUGUUAAACGCUGUCAAAGAUGUUGCCUCUAGUUUGUUCAAUCUUCUUGAUAGCGCUAAGAACUCGUCGGGUAAACACGGUGAAGGUCCUGCGACCGGGGAAGACUUAAAGAACGCGACCAAGGACAUGAUUUCGAAGGUUUCAUCAUUAUUAAUGACAGUCAAGAGUGUCGAGGAUAAAACAUCACGUGGUGCAAGAGCUUUAGACUCCUCUAUGGACGCCAUUAAACAGGCUGUUGUUGUCCUCAACUCACCAACGAUGCCAGUGAAGGAAGCCUCGCCUGAAGAUCUUAUACGAAGUACCAAACCAGUCACCUUGGCAACAGCUAAGGUCGUGGCUGCCGGUAACUCUGGUAACCAGGAAGAUAUCGCAGCCGCAGCAAACAUGGGGCGCAAUGCCGUGACAGACUUGUUAACAACUUGUAAGGCUGCCGCAGCCAAAGCAGAAACCGACGAUGUACGAAAUGCUGUGAUAGUCGCUGGUCGAGAAAGUGGAACUGCUUUUAAUUCCAUGCUCGCUCAAGUUCACAUCGUUUUACAAAAACCAACGAAUGACAAGAAGCAAGGUCUGGUAGCAGCAUCGAGGAAGGUCGCUGAUUGUCUCGGAGCAUUAGUUAAAUCUGCUGAAACAUUGAAAGGUUCUGAUUGGGUCAAUCCUGAAGACCCGAAUGUGAUCGCUGAAAAUGAACUGCUGGGUGCAGCCUCUGCCAUCGAAGCUGCCGCGAGGAAACUGGCUGAACUCAAACCUCGUGAGAGACCAAGACAAGCAGAUGAAUCGUUGGCGUUCGAGGAACAAAUUUUAGAAGCUGCGAAAGCAAUUGCCGCAGCGACAAGUGCGUUGGUGAAGUCUGCUGCUACAGCUCAGAGAGAAUUAGUCGCCUCUGGUGUGGUUUGCUCAGCUAGUAGUGAUCGAAACGAGGAUGGACAGUGGUCACAAGGAUUGGUGUCAGCAGCUCGUUUGGUAGCCACAGCAGUGAACUCACUUUGCGAGUCCGCCAACGCUACAGUUCAAGGAAACGCUACACAAGAGACGUUGAUCGCUUCAGCUCAACAAGUGUCGAAUUCAACCGCGCAACUUUUGCUUGCCUGUCGAGUGAAGGCUGAUCCAAACAGCGCAGGGCAAAGAAGAUUACAGGUCGCAGGAAAGGCUGUAAGGAAAGCCUCGGAUGAUCUCGUGAAGGCCGCACAGAAUGCACGAGUCUUCGAGGAACAAAGCGUGACCGUAAUCAUCAACCAAAAAUGGGUCGGCGGUAUUGCCCAAGAAAUCCAGGCGCAAGAAGCAAUCAUUCGCAAAGAACGAGAACUGGAGGUCGCUCGUAAGAAACUCAUGCAGAUACGACAGGCGAGAUAUAAAGACGAUGAAGAUUCAUCAUGAUCCCAAUGUAUCCAAUCCUGUUAUACCCAAAUAUCCCCAUUUAUCCCUCUUUUUGCAAGAUUUGUUGGGAAAUUUUUUAUAAGAAACAAAAUACUGCUCUCACCCCGUUACCUCUCCGGAAAUAAUUGAUGUGUGCUGCUUUGAAGUGGAAGGGGUUGUUUUGCAAACGCGAUCUCUGGACUGUGUAUUUAAAAUGAGAAAUAUUUCAAAUUAGUCCAAGCCAUAAACUUUAUAAGAUAAACAAUCUCAAUAUGUGUGAACUGUCUAGUCUAUCAGUAGCUGUUAUACCCCAAAUAGAAUAAGCAUGCUCCCGUAUUAGUAAAUUACAGAUUAGGAUAGAAAUUUCCAGAUGAAAUGUUUUUCAUAAAGGUUUCCCGACAAGACCGAAUGAAAGAUAGCACAUUUGAAUUAUAGAUUAGUUGAAUAUUGGCGUGUGAAAAUUUGGAUUUAGUUUUGUUCUUGUUACUAAAAUAUUAUGCAAAUAGAUUGUCAUAUGAGCUAGUAAUUUAGGUAAAACUGUAAGAAUAUUGGAAAUAAAAAAUAGUUCAUGUUUAGUGAUAAUGAGUUUUAUCAGAGGGUAUUACCAGACAUUGAGUUUCUAAUCAUGUUUCAUAUAUAAAUGCAUGGAUUAAACCUCGGUUGUAAGUGCAUGGCACUUACAAUGGAGGGAUACAACGUGUAUUUGUCUUUUCUCUCAUAGAAAUCUAAUUACAAAUUGAUGGC